AUGACUGUACCUCUGCCCCCGGAAAUCUUAUACCUGAUCGCAACAUUUCUGAAAAACGAUGCGACCUCUCUAGUCCCCUGCACUUGCGUCUGUCGCCUCUGGCAGACGAAUUUUGAGUCCCUCAUUUACUCCAGUCUAGUUGUCUAUAGUGACGAUGAGCACAAAGAAGAGGGGCAACCCGGAAUUUCUCUCGCAGAUUUCCAAAGGCUCACAUCUGGCGAUGGUGUUGGAAGGCAAGCCUGGAUCCGAAAUCUUGACUACAAUAUCCUUGUCCCUUACGAACUCUUGGAUUGGACUACACGUAAAGAGUGGAGGGACCCCGAAGCUUAUUGUAUCGAAAACCCCGUGAGGAAGGCCAAUGAUCUAGCUUUUCAGACGGCUAUGCUCAGCCUUUUCCACACACUUCACUCAUGGGAGUCAAACCAGACGCCCUAUCUGAAAUUGAAUCUAGCCCUUCGAGGGCGGCGACGUGGCUCUACACCGGAACCACGCACCGAGGACUGGGACAUCGCCGGUGAAUAUUGUUGGGAUUAUAAAACAGGACGUACAUUCUCGGUCCCCCCGUAUCGGGCGCAGUUUCUCAACGAUGAUCUACCAUUUGUUCCGUGUAUUGAGAAGCUCUCGUUCAAAAACCAUGAUCCCGGCUGGGGCGAUCAUCAUCAAAUUUGGACGGGUGUAGUGCAAACUAUUAUUCAACACUGCCCGAAACUCGUUGAAUUAGAGCUGAAUCUUAACGAAUGGGUUCGUCCGGACCACUUGGAGUAUAUACAAUUACGUCGUGCAGCAUUAUCUUCUCUAAUCGGUUCUAUUCCAAGGAGCCUUAGAGUGCUAUAA